GUUACAGACAGUGAAUUAAUUUUUAACCUAAUUUAUUAUAUGGGCUUUCCACUGUCUUCGUGUUAUUCGUGUAUGAUUCAUGUAAGAUUCAUGUAAGAUUCUUUAUGUCUAGUACUAUGUCAUAACCUUUGACCUUUACACUCUGGCUGUUUCAGAACCUGGUGAAUCAAACCUCUAAGAAACUGGUACCCAUUUGUCCACACUCAACCAGUCAGGGUUUUGGUUAAAUUGCAAGAAAUAAGGUUAAGUCAGAUAUUGCUCUGCACAUGAAGUUAAAUAUAUAUUUAGGCAUAACUAUACUGAGACCUAAGUCUUUUAUGUGAAGUAUUGUCUGAAAUUAAACCAAGCAUUUUCAUGGAUUCCGUUAUUUGAUUUUUGAUUAAUUACAUUAGUCUUUUGUAUGUAUUGACCAUACCAUUGAUCUCAGGAGAGAAGGCUGCAUCACGUUCGCGGAGGAAUGUUUCGUGAAAGGCAGCAUGCUUUUCUUAUAUGAAUAUUUCUCUCACUGGGCUAAUCCUAAAAUGGAUGAAUAAGCAGAAAUAUUUAUUUAUGAAUUGUGACAGUUACAUUUGCAUAACUUUUGGUGUAAAAUAGCUCUUGUAGCAGAUUAGUUUUGAGAGGUCAGGUCUUAAAAUGCAAGUUGUAAGAUGACCAAACCCUGGAGGCUUCAGCUACAGCACGUUAAGUGAUUCAUUGGAAUUUAAGCACCAUGAAAGGCACCAGGUUCCUGUUUAGAUGUAUUUUCCUAUGUUGAAACAUUACACUUUUCACAUACAUUUCAGCUGCUUAUCCCAGACAAGGUGGCAUAGGGGCCUGGAACAUAUACCAAGCAGAAUAGACCACAAGGCAAAGCGGAUGUCAGUCCUGGGCAUAUACACACCCACUAUGGUAAUUUAGAGAUGCUGAUUAUCCUGACUGAAGGUCUUUCGACUGCAGUAAGAAACUAAAGUAUCUAGAUAAAAAAAAGUCACACACCACAGUGAGAACAGGUAAGCUCCUCAUUCACACUGCAAAGGUGGGCUUCAAACCCCCAACCCUGAAGGUGGGGCAUAACAGUGCUAUCCAAUGAGAAACCUUGCUACCCCCAACCAAAUGAAAGUAUAUAAAUAUAUAAAUACUUCAGUGCUUGGAUCAACCGGCAGCCCUAUAUGAAGAGACCUGCAUUUCUCUGCCACAGUUCCUCAGACCACUAGAGUAUUGGCUGAGAACCCCUGGUCUAUUAUAAUCAGCAUAUAAAAUUAUUAACAUAAACUGAUUAUCACAAUUAUCUGUUUCAGUAAACAUAAGAGACUGGCACUCCAUCCAGGGUGCCCCCUGCCUUGUGACAUCCUGGCGUAGGUUACAGGGUUACUGUCAGUGGUACUUACUGCUGAUUGGUGGAGGAAAGUGAAAACAGAAGCUCGAUCCCUGGAGAUGAAAUUUCCAAAAACAGGGGCAGGGGGUCUUUUUGACAGCCGCAGAGUAACUCGUCGCUUACGGCCGGCGACUGCGGCAGCAGCUUCCUGACUGAUCUUGCCAACACAUCUGAGGGGCAGCGGGAGCUGGUUUAAUUAUCCAUUAUAGCAGUGCGUGGCUGGGGUGUGUCCUUUUGGCUACGUGCAAAUCAGCCAUCCAAGGCACCAGUCCUGAAUUACCUACAGGUGGAUACUGUCUAGGUGGCUGCAUUGUGCAUGUGGUCAGAGCAGAGAGCAUAGGCAGGUCUCUGACGGGAAGUCAAGUGGACAGAAAUAUAUUGGGAUUCUAUCAUCAUGGUCCUGUAAACUGAGCAGGCCGUCACUAAGUCUUCUAUAUCCAGGUGUCAGGUUUGCAAAGACACGCCUUUGUUUGGGUAUGAAAUAGUAACCAGGUGACCUUGGCAAACAAAUUCGGUGCCAUUCACUAUAGUCAAAACAAGCAAGCUGUAUAUAUAUAAAAAACCACAGGCGAUUAAUGCAAAAAGGAUAUGUCAGAAGAAAUGACAUUAAAUAAUUACCAGCCACACACUGAUAAAACAGGAUCUCUGAAAUGUAGGCCGACAAAUCCAGAGAACAGUAUGGCGUUCUUACUGGAAGAAGCUGUUCGCAUCAAAGAUGACAUUGUUACCAGCCUGCGUACCACACAGACAUCUGUGCAGACAGAGGCCUUUUCACGCAGACUGCUGGAGAAUCAUGUACAGACCAUCACUCACAUCGUUAGGCAGCUCAGCAAGAACAUCGAGAUGCUGGAGAGCCAGAUCAUCCUGAGGGACCACAUAUCCUCUGGGAGCAGUUUUGCUCUGCAGAGCUUGGAUCAGAAGAAUCUGAUGGGCAUUGGAGACCUGAGGGGGAGAAUGGCCAGGUGUGAUGCCAGCAUUGCUAAACUCUCUGGGGCUAUAAGUGCAACUGAAAGGGAAAUUUAUAAACUCCAGCAGCAGAUUACAAAGCUUCAUAGCAGUCAGGAACUACAACUUCGGGAGACUGAGAUAAAGUGGUUGCAGAGUGUGGAAAAGUUGAAUGCUGCCAUGGCAGAACACAAAAGCAGCCUGAAGGUCACACAGGGAAAUCUGUCCAGAGACAUGCAGCUCCUGGAGAUCAAGACCUCCGAUAGCCUGAAGAGGUUGAGUGAUGACAGCAGGCAGGUGAAGCAGUGGACUGAGCAGCAGCUGCGCCUCUUUGCAGACAUGCAGACACAAUCCAGUGGGCAGCAACAUUCUCUGCUGUGCAACAGGAUGGAACUGAUUGAGAAGAAGUUCCAAGAAUGUGUUGGUCCCUUGUCGGUGAGAGUUGAGAGAGCAGAGGGGCGCACGGAGCAGGAGCACAAGGCUGCCACGCCGAGGAACCUCGAGGACAAGCUUGAUGCCUUGGAGAAGAGUAUCUGGGAAGAGCUGGCGCUGAUCAGAAAGGAGUACCAUUCAGGCUUUCAAUUGAUCUACGAUGCGAUCGAAUCCUUAAGCCAAAUCUCUGAUGCCAAGGCUCAGCUGGAUCGACAGAAGCUUGAGAACGACAUCAAGCAUAUCCGCCAUAAGAUUGUGGAGCUGAGAACCACAUGAAUAUGCAGUGGUGCAUGCAAAGUAACAUUGCAAAAUUUCUUCUUAAAUUUCAUUGUAGGCAAAAAAUGUUUUUACGUUAUCUACUUACAAAUAGUUCAUGUAUAUCUAUCCCCUCUGACUGGUCUAAACCUAUGUGCUAAUGAAAAUGUUUCUGAACUUCCUGUGUGAGAAAUAAUUCAGUCUGUACUCUAAACAAAUGAUUUUGCAUACAUUGCUGCAAGUCAGGACAGGUACAGCUACAAAAGAUGAGCAGAGCUCCCUCUUCUGGUAACUAUCUGUUUGCUAGGAACAAAUGUAUCACGUAUGUGCACAAUAAAUUCGAUUAAUUUCCAUUUAUUGAAUGUAAUUUUCAGAAUGGACUGCAGAGGGCACAGUUUCACUAAUUAUUUUUUCUUCAUUUGGCAUACAGUGUACAAUGGCAUUUUGCUUAUUCAAAGAAGUUUUGGAAAUGUGAAUGUCCCAAGGAUAAAACACCAGUGAAACAGAAGUAAUUUACCCAUUCACAAAUGUGUGUUCAUCAACAAUGUUGGGAAUAAAAGGAGA